UGUUAUCGAUGAAGCUGGCUUUUCAUCUUCUUAUCCGUCAUACCCAAACAUGGAACCAACAAACCAUUGUAUAACAUAUACAAAGGUUGUUCAACACGUACUGUGUGCACUGGUCAAUGAUGUUACCGGAUGCAUGGUGUAUACUCCUCUUGUGUAUUACAACAUUCAUUCGUACAAAGCUUUUCCCCGGACAAAGCACAGCCAACAGCGAUGUCGCAUUUGAAGAUACAGAUGCAAAAGUACAAAAUGUAGGUCGUAGUCGUUUUCAAACGUCGACAGCCGUCACUGACAGCAGCAUCUCUAGUUUAUCUAUAAACUGCUUUUGUCUGGUUAUCAAGAGUACUUGAACUACCGUUUUGCUUUAGACCCAAUGUAUGUGUGUAGAGGCUGGACCUGAGCGUCAGCGAAAUAGCGACUACUGUACUUGUG